ACACUUCUCUUCUAUAUAUAUGCAUAAGCUAAGUCCUGUAAAGAGAAAGGCAUAGCAUUUGACAUUUCCUAUAUAUAAAAAAAACAAUGAAAGUUCAUGAGUUCUCUAAUGGGUUUUCUUCGUCGUGGGGUCAACAUGACUCGACAUCAUCCCUUAGCCUAAGCUGCAAACGCCUCCGACCUCUUGCGCCGAAACUUUCUGGCAGCCCUCCCUCGCCUCCUUCUUCUUCCUCCGGCGUCACUUCCGCAACUUUUGACCUAAAAAGCUUUAUUAGACCCGAUCAAACCGGUCCAACAAAAUGUGAACACAAACGAGACCCUCCUCAAGUUAGUUCCCUUACUUUGGAAACGCCCCCGGGAGGGACAAGGUGGAACCCGACUCAAGAACAGAUAGGGAUACUUGAGAUGUUGUACAAAGGUGGAAUGCGCACUCCUAACGCUCAACAAAUCGAGCAUAUCACAUCGCAACUCGGGAAGUACGGGAAAAUCGAAGGGAAGAAUGUGUUCUACUGGUUCCAGAACCACAAAGCCCGUGAGAGACAGAAGCAGAAGAGGAACAACCUUAUCAGCAUAAGUUGCCAAACCAGCUUCACGACCACUAGUGUCUCUAACCCGAGUGUAACAACGAAGACAAGAACAUCAUCAUCACUAGACAUCAGGAGAGAUUCAAUGGUGGAGAAGCAGGAGUUAGUGGAAGAGAAUGAGUAUAAGAGGACAUGUAGAAGCUGGGGAUUUGAGAACUUGGAGAUAGAGGGAAGAAGAAACAAAAAUAGUAGUACUAUGGGAACUACUUAUCAUAAAAUCAUUGACAAUGUAACCCUCGAGCUGUUCCCUUUGCACCCUGAAGGUAGAUGAAGAUGAGGCAGAAAAUUGUGGAAUUCUUGUGUAGAUCUGGUUUAGGUUCAGAGGAAGCAAUUGGUAUCUAGAAUUUCAAAAGAAAAUAAGCAUAAUAAUAAGUUUCUAAAACUACAAAAUCUACUUAAGAAUUCCCUUAUUAAUCUGUGAGUCUGAUGUAUCAUUGUAGAUUUUUUUUUUUUGCGAUGUAAUCAUAAAUGAUGAUGCUUAGUUUAAUUAGCUCAUUUCUUUUCGUCUUUGUUCGUAACAAAUUCACUCGUGAUUUGUUGUACUCUCUUAAUUAUGAUUGGUCAUCUACGUAUUCCACGCUA